UGCACACCUUGAGACAUAAGACUGGAAUUCAGCUCUUGUACAUUAGAUGACUUUUUACCUCAUAUUAUAAGUUUUGCGCUACUUUUGAAUACGUUAGUUGAUAUUACUACAGUUUGUUUUUAAGAGAACAUUGUUCUUACGCCUAGCAAAUGAAGAAUGUUCAAAUACCAGCAUUUGACGCAUUCGAUGCAUUAAUGUUUGAAGUGAUCAACUAUUCUACUUCGGUUUCAAAUGACGUAUGUCUUCUAAACAAAAUGUAUACCUUUUUUAACACUUCAAGAUGCAAGAUUCUAGCAUUCGUUUUCUUGAAUCACUUGGUGUUAAUGUAAGCCAAAAGCUGAUUGAAAAAGCUACAAAAGAUCAUGCUCGAUUUGUCAAUGAAUUAGAUAUUGUAAAGUAUAUAUGCACAGAAUUUUGGUCUUCAGUAUACCAUAAACAAGUUGAUACAUUGAAAACAAACUAUCAGGAUGUUUAUGUUCUGACAGUUCACGAUUUUCAGCCUUUAUUGAAAUUUGAAAUUAUGCCAGAAAGUGUUGCAGAAAUUCCAAAAUAUUUGGCGUUUCCUUCUGGACUUUUAAAAGGUGCUUUGCGUAGUUUAGGCUUAAAUUGUGUUGUUACAGCCGACUGUGAACAACCGCCAACAUGUAAAUUCACGGUCACAGUUUUGUCCUACAAAGAAAUAAUGUGAUGUACAGAUUCUCACUUCUUUUGAAGUGACUAACUUUAUUUUCCUUGUAAUGCUUUCUUGUAUUUUUUAAAUUUAUAACGAUGACUUUUGAAAUUCCGUACGACUUUUGAUUUCUCGAUCAAUAAUAG